GACGCUAUCUGGCGAUGCGCUCGAUUUUGGCCGAUGACAAAAGCCACCGCCUCCCUUCCCCGACCCUCCCCUUCCCGCCGGUUACCUGUCGGACCUGCUUCUCGUCCCUUCUGCCACUGUCACCCUUAACCGCAACGAUUCACACCUCGUUUCUGUGCCAGGCCCAGGGGAUGUUGUGCGCAGCGGGGAAAAGCAGGAUCCUGCUCGUGGUCUUGUGUUUGGCUGCUGCCGGUUUGUUGUGUAAAUCCAAAUGGAAUCUGCCCGACUUGUAUUCGCAGGAGUUGCGUGAAUGCAACUGCCCGAAAUGUUUGACUGAUGGCGAGAAUGACUUCAAAGCGCAAAUGGACGCGUCGCCAAAGCCGUUUUUGUCCAUACCAAGCCCAACAUCGGAGGAUGAUUUCAACUGGUGGAAGAACUUGCAGCUGGAACAGCGCCCCUUCAGAUUUUUCAAUGAAACUGUGGACAAACUCUUGGCAAUCUUUCCAAGCAGCCCGCCGCUUGAGCGGCGAUCGCCCGACCGCUGCAGGACUUGUGCGGUGGUGGGCAAUUCCGGGAACCUCAAGGGAUCGCGCUACGGACCUCUGAUUGAUCAACAUAGCAUCGUAAUCAGAAUGAACCGCGGACACACAAAGGGCUACGAGUCGGACGUCGGCACCAAGACGACUCAUCACGUCAUGUAUCCCGAGAGCGCCAUCCAUUUGGACAACAGCACGCGCCUCGUGUUCUUUCCCUUCAAGAUCAAUGACUUGCUUUGGUUGCUCAAGAACUUUGCGCCUCGAGAAAACGGUCAGGAGGACACAAAGCGGAUUGCCAACAAGGACUUGGUGAUGAUCAUCAACCCGGGAUUCAUGAAAUACGCUCAUGAAAUGUGGCUGAAAAAGCGAGGCCGCUACCCAUCCACUGGCUUCAUGACCGUGGUGCUCAGCUUGCAAAUAUGCGACGAGCUGAGUAUUUUUGGGUUUGGUGCUGACAGAGAUGGAAACUGGAGCCAUUACUUCGAGAUCCUGAGGAACAAAAAACUGAGAACCGGACCCCACCCUGGCGCGCAGGAGUACGACGUCAUUCGGGAGUUGAAUCAGAAGCAGAUCGUUCGUUUUUUUCAAGGACUGUAACGUGCGCUGGAAUCUUACUCAAUUGGAUUCUGCGAUCGGGGUUCAAUUUUUGAUUGUUCAGCAAGGCAAGUGCUUCUUUAGAAAUCAUUCGAAAUACGAAGCAAAGGCGAUUUAUAUAUUUACUGCAGGAGAUAUUUUUCCAUUGAAAAGAUUGAAUACAUGUUAUUUGUACGUUUUAUU